AUGUCGCCUCAUUGUCCUGCCAACUUCACCACCACCAUCAACCGUUGGUACAUUGAUACCCGGCCCUAUGUGCCCCAACCACACAACCCUAAAUCGCUCCACUCCCUUCCCCUGCUCUCGACCUUGAGGCGUUCCGAUGAAGAAGCAAUAACACGGUUCAUUCGCCCCGCAGAUCGCUUCAUGUCUCUUGCAAGCGCCCUUCUGAAAUACACGUUCAUCCACCGCCGUGCAAAGAUUCCCUGGUCCGAGGUUCAGAUAUCACGAACACCCGCUCCUCAUCGACGUCCUUAUUGGGAACCGCCCGAGAACUGGUCCACCACUGACAUCUACGACGACAGUGACCCAGCCGACGGAGAAUCCAGCUUGAUAAGAGGCCUCGAAUUCAAUGUCUCUCAUCAAGCCGGCCUGGUCGUCAUCAUCGGCUGCUCCACGCCUACCCCCCAGCUUCCUUCAUCCGUCGUGCCGAAUCCCGGGCCGCCUUCUCCCACAGUUCUAGAUUCAUUUGCGCAAAUAGACCUGGCCAGUCACCCGACGUGCAAAGCUUUUGACCAUCCUGAUCUUGUCCGCGUUGGAGUGGAUAUAGCCUGCACAAACGAAGACAAACGCACUCCGAAGGAUCUCACCACACAGUCCAAAUUCGACGAGUGGAUCGAAAUUUUCGCGGAGAUGUUCUCUGACCGCGAGAGACGCCACAUGCGUCAGAUGCCAAUCCACGUCCCAAUCAAAGAGCGUGAGGAAGGCGAAUGGGCGAGUGAUUCAAGCUCUUCGUCAGCUGCUUCCUCGCCCACAGACGGGCCCGGCGGCGGGACAAACAACCCCUUCUCGAAGCACGAGGCCAAGAUCAUUAACAUGAAGUUGCGCCGGUUCUACGCGUAUUGGAGUCUAAAGGAGGCAUAUAUCAAGAUGGUAGGUGAGGGAUUACUCGCUAGCUGGUUGAGAGAGCUCGAGUUCCUCGACGUUCAUGCUCCCCCUGCCCCAAUGCUGCCCAAGCCCGACUUGCAUCAAUCCGCGGCAUCGAAUCACCAGCCCAAGAACAGCAGCAACACACACGCCAUCAUAGAGUCACAAGGCAUGCCCCUUCCUGCAUCCGCCGACAUCUACGCGCACAGGAAAUUCCAGGGGCACUUCUCUUCUGUACCUCCGGUCGACACGUCCAUUCAGCGUGGUAGCGAUGGUGCUGCAACCACUGACACGCACUCAAAGCGCGAAUCUGUCGAGAGUUUUCUCAUAACCCCGGGUUCAUCACCCGGCACACACCGUCGGACAUCCUCGAUCCCUGCUGCCGACAUGUAUGCGCAGAGAAGACCAUCCUUUGCCUCCCCGAUCGAGGGCAAACCCAAAAAGCUCUCAAUACCUGCCACCACAAUGGUCCACCCCCAUGCUCACGCUCGCAAUCGUUCCCACGACUACCUCUCUCCCUUCCCGGACUCCCCGAGCACACCAUCUCUUCUCGAUCCACCCCUCCCAGCAACCUCCUCACCCAACGGCCCUGGUGCAGGACACCAUCCCUCCCCUGUGGAAACCGCAAAAUGGACACCUCCGCAGCAAGCCGAAAGGGGCAUGACCACCCUGCUCCGCGGCAAGCGGGUUGAAGACGUACAGAUCGAACUCGUGGCAUACGACCAGGAUUUUAUGAUCGCCACUGCGUUGAGAGGUGUUGAGGAAAGGCCAAUCUCCGGCGGUGAUGGCGGUGCUGUCUGGGGGGAGGGAAGUGGAUGGUGGUUGAGAUUAGAUAUUGAGCAAGACAUUCGACCUUGUGCCGAAGGCUGGUGUAGCUGUCUAGACGAGUAG